AUGAAGCUUGUCCUGGCAUGGCUUGUCGCGGCACUCGUGUCUCCCAUCAGUGCGCACGCUCUGUACAACCUCACUUCUGAAUUUCCAGAUGACUGCGCGAUAUUCUGUACCGCUACUGAAUAUGUACACGGGCCGUGCGAUGUCGAUAGCGUGGCAUGCUGGUGCCAGACCCCGGACUUCGUCUCUGACGUGGGCUGCUGCAUUGCGUAUGCGUGCGAUAAGGAUCUCAAGAGCGUGAAAACCACCUUCAAGAACUGGUGCUCCGCAGCGUCUGUCGAAGGCCCUACCGACGAUACCACAAAGUGCGGGUAUCCGUACGGAACCGGCACGCUAUCUGGGAGCUCGCAAGCCAAGUUCGGCUCCAUUCCCGGGAAAGUGAUUGGGGGUGCUGUCGUUGCCUGUUUGGCUGGGCUAAUCCUCUCAUUGGCAUUGGUAUUCCAUUGCUUCCAUCUCAGCAAGAAGCAGAAGCAACAGCAGGUAUCACCACCAACACAACGCAUUCCUACGCCAAAUCCACCGUAUUCGGAGCCACGGCAGAUCCCACGCCUGAAUCGCAGCACGGAAGGUUCCCAGGCACCUAUGUGA